UAUUUAUAAAUUAAAAUGAAAGUGAAGUGUGUUGUGUGAUUUUAUCGGUAUUGGAAUGUUUUGGUUUUCUUUUCUGCAUAAGUUAUUUCAAUAAAUUUUGGAAACAUAAUUUUUUUUCCAAGUCUAAGCUCACAACUUUGCAUGUCAGAAAAAUUUAAAUUCCUGUACUCUACAGAAAAAAAGAUCUUCAUUUUAUGUCUAUUGUUCAAGUUUAUUCAAAGUGGUGUGUGCUCUUAUGGUGACCGUUCUAAUGCUUUCCAAAAUUGUAUGCACUGGUGUGGAAUUAAAAAUUGCUCCAAUUCCACCCAACUGGCAGAUUUCGAGACAAACCGACCAUGGUAUAUGACAGUUCUGCAAUGGGAAUGUUGGGAUGAAUGUGAUUAUUAUUGUAUGUGGCAUACUGUUAAAGUCUUUCAGUAUAAUGGUCAAGGAAUACCUCAGUUUCAUGGAAAAUGGCCAUUUUAUCGAUUUUGUGGAAUUCAGGAGCCAGCAUCAAUGAUAUUUUCUUUGUUAAAUGGACUUGUUCAUUUUUAUAUGUGGAAAAAAUUUCGAAGUACUGUUCCUAAAUGUCCAUUUAGUUCAGUUUGGAAUAUACAAGCGUUGCUGUCUGUUAAUGCUUGGUUUUGGUCAGCAGUUUUUCACACAAGAGAUGUUCCCUUAACUGAAAAACUAGAUUAUUUCUGUGCAUUUUCUAUGGUCCUUUAUUCCUUCUAUUCACUGCUUGUGAGGUUAUAUUCAAGCCAAAAAUCAGGAUUACCUCUAUUUCUAGCUGUGCCAUUUUUGUCCUUUUUUAUAUAUCACAUUUAUUAUUUGACAUUCAUUCAAUUUGAUUAUGGUUAUAAUCUCAAAGCAAAUAUAAUAAUUGGUUUAUUGAAUUCUUUUGGCUGGCUAAUGUGGUGCUACAAGCAUCGUCAUAAGCAUUAUGUUUGGAAAUGUGCUGCAUCCGUUAUAGCUGUAAAUUUACUUCUACUGUUGGAAUUGUGUGAUUUUCCUCCAUGGAAAUUUAUAAUUGAUGCUCAUGCUUUAUGGCAUUUUGGAACAAUACCAGUGCCUUUUCUAUGGUAUAGUUUUCUUAUAGAAGACUGUUUGAAUGAAAUGAAAGACCUGGGAUUAUGUAUUAAUCUAGUGAAGAAGAUGGGAUAGUGAUAUUUUGUUUUCAGGUCAAUUAAGAAAAUAACCUAAUCACUUAUUUGUGCCAAGAGUUUUGUAUGAAUUUUUAAUUAUUUCAUUCUAAAAUCAAGUGCCACAUUAGCUUUUUAUUACUUCAGGAAGAGGUUACUCUAAUUAUUAAACAUUGUUACUUAAAUGCUAUGUAGACAAAAAAGUUAAAGUUUAAUAGACUAUUGCAUGAAUUUAACUUAAAGAUAAGAACUAUAUAUAUAUAUUCUACAUUGUAUCAAAUUUAACUCUCAUAUUUACUUCUUGUCUUGUCCUAGUUUUUUAAAUAUAUAAUUUCCCAGUUAAUAGUAUAAAUUAUAGAACGAUAUUGAAAGAAGCAGAAAUGUGAUUAUUAAAGCAGUUUUGUUUUUUGCUGAACUGUGCUUGUUUGCUGUUGAUGCUUGUUGUACCUACAAUUUCCAAAGUUUAUUGACAAUGUUUCUUUGUUAAGAAAAAUUAAUAUUUUGAACUUAAAUGUGCUUUUUCUUGCACCUUUGUGAUCUUGUUAUAUUUUCAUUAUUUUAUAAAAAUAAUUUGUGCUUUUAUCCAAUGUAUUGUAAAUAGAUUUUGAUGAAAUCAAAAUAUGACAUAUCAUGUGUUAAGCAAUAAUGACUCUCUAUAUACUAACUUUUUCAUUACAUCUAUUAGUGUUUACAUAUUAUAUCGACAGAUUACAAAGUAUUUUAUUUUAAAAUAGGAUUUUUAUUUCAAAGUAUUUUUUUAUUUUCUUUAUCAUUUUUCGCUGUUAUAUGAUUUUGCAAUUGACUAUCAAUGUCAUCAAUUCCAUUAACUUCUACUGAAAAGUAUUUUCUAUUUCAACUUGUCAAUUACAUUUUGGCAAAUAUAUGGUUGAUAGAAAUACAUACUUUGAAUAAUAAGGCAACUAAAAUCAUUAUGGUGCUGAAUGUGUCUUCAUAGUACUUGUAAAACUAUAGAAUUGUACAUGGCAAUAAAUCUGUAUUUUGCACCUUUUUUUUUUUUGUGUGUGUGAAUAACAAUAUUGAUUUCUAUAGAUUCACUGUUAAGAGCUCUAUUACAAAAGCAAUAAGUGUUUUUAAUAUCAAAAUUUUGAAUUUAAUAAAAAUUUCAUUAAAUAAAAUUCAUUUAUUAUUUCUAUGAAAGAGAUGUUUAACUUCAACAAUACAUUAAAAAAUAAUGGAGUGUACAAUUAUACAUGUGAGUGGAAGAAUUUAUUUUAAUGCUUAAAAAGUUAAAUAAAUAUAGAUUUUUUAAUUCUUGAGUUUUCAUAUUUAUAUUUUUUAUUAUUUUAUGUAAGAAUGAUGCAUCAUUUUCAUAAUCUAAAUGACAUGU